UCUGCGGCGCGUCAGAGCGCAGACAGGCUGGGUGGAGAGGAGCCAAGCACUAACAGGACUCACUGGACACUGCAUGGGGAAUGCGACUAUGACUUUCCAACAACACAUGGAAUGUUAAUAAGAACAACUUUUGACCUGACCAUUAUCUCUGCAUUUCCAUUCUCUGGACACAUUGGAACAAAGAUCCACACUGCCAGGCCCAAAGCAAAAAAAAGAAAAUGUGUGUGUGUGAGCGUGUACGUUAGGACUGCUGUGUGCCUUUGACUGAGGAAACGCCUCCUUCUGAAAGAACCUGCCUGGCUUUUACAAUGAAGGCUGUCGCUCUGCUCUGUUUCCUGAUGGUCGUGGCGGUCGGGGCCUCUCGGUUUAUCCGGGACUCCCCGAGUGUGCCUGACACUUUUGAUGAUUCCAAGACUAAUGUGUCCAUUCAGCGCCUACCCCCGCAGGCGGAUCGGCCGAAGGACUCCUUCCCCCCCAUGUGCACGAAGCCCACGGAAAUUAAGCACGCCUUUAAGUAUGUGAACACUAUUGUGUCCUGCUUGAUCUUUGUGGUUGGAAUCAUUGGCAACUCCGCACUGCUGAGGAUCAUAUACAAGAACAAGUGCAUGAGGAAUGGACCCAACGUUCUGAUUGGGAGCCUGGCACUGGGGGACCUACUUUAUAUCGUCAUCGCAAUCCCCAUCAAUGUGUAUAAGCUAAUAGCCAAAGAUUGGCCCUUCGGGGUGUAUCUCUGCAAGAUGAUGCCCUUCAUCCAAAAAGCUUCAGUGGGUAUCACUGUCCUCAGUCUAUGUGCGCUGAGUAUUGACCGCUACCAUGCAGUGACGUCAUGGAGCAGGGUGAAGGGAAUGGGCAUCCCUGUGUGGAAAGCGGUGGAGGUGGUGCUGAUUUGGGUGAUCGCUGUGCUGUUGGCAGUCCCCGAGGCCCUGGCGUUCGACAUGUUGGAGAUGCCGUACAGAGGCAACAAACUGCGCGUGUGCCUGCUGCAUCCGGAACAAAGCUCCAACUUCAUAAAGUUCUACCAGGACGUGAAAGACUGGUGGCUGUUUGGCUUCUACUUCUGCCUGCCGCUCGCCUGCACAGGAAUCUUCUACACUCUCAUGUCCUGCGAAAUGCUGAGUCGCAAGAAAGGCAUGCGCGUGGCACUCAACGACCACAUGAAACAGAGGAGGGAAGUAGCAAAGACGGUGUUCUGCCUGGUGCUGAUUUUCGCUCUGUGCUGGUUGCCACUUCACCUCAGUCGCAUUCUCAAGAAAACAGUUUAUGACCAAAAUGACCCCAACCGCUGCGAACUCCUCAGCUUCCUUUUAGUGAUGGAUUACAUUGGCAUCAACAUGGCUUCACUAAACUCCUGCAUUAACCCGAUCGCCCUCUACUUUGUCAGCCAGAAGUUCAAAAACUGCUUCCAGUCUUGCCUGUGCUGUUGGUGCUACGGAACAUCCCCAUUGGAUGAUCGAGGGUCCGGGUCAGGAUGGAAGGGCUCCUGCCACGGCAACGGACUGGAUCGCUCCAACUCCCGUUCUAGUCAGAAAUACACGAGCUCCUCAUAAACACACCCACUCUUAUUUAGCACUUCAUUUAAUCCCCGAAAAAACAAAACAUGUUCCCAAUCAGCACCAGUGGAGCUGGAGCUGGAACUGGAUUGAAGGACACGAAAGGGUCAGGCCAAACAAUGAAUUAAAUCAAAGGACUGUACCUGCAGAAUGAAGACACCAAGGCUACCUGCAUUCCACAGAGGCAAAAAUGCAUCACGUCACAUGCAAAUCACAUAUAAUAUAAUACAGUAUCUAGCCUUUGUAUUUCUAUACAUAACAGCGCUGCAGCUGAGUUAUAUGAGCGCAAUCAGCAGGACAUCUGGAACUUGAGCACAGAGUCACUGCCUUGGCAACAUCUUACCAAAGAAAAUGGGGAGUUGGGAUGUCAGCCGUUACGCUGCUUACAGUCAAAGUGAAGGACCACUGCUGUUGAGGAUAUUGAUGGAAACUACCCCCCACGCGCUGUAGGAGGCUCGAGUUCCAAAUAUGUACCAAAACAAUAAUCUCAUGACCACAUGACAGUGUCUAUGUCAUGACAUCACGACUUCGCUGUCAAAGCUCAUGUGUGAAAGGUUAUUUUUGCUUAAUCUCUUCAUCAAGCAUAUUUUUAUACAUUAGUAUUUCUGUUAAAUAUAGUGUGUCUACUGGAAGUUUAGGAUCUCCUGGAUAUUUUAAAGGAGAAGUAUACGUUUCAUAAUGUGAAAGAUAGUAUCUUAAAGAUGUAGCAAGAUCUUCCUGCAACAUACACCUGUUCUUUAUAUUUGCAGCAAGAUGCAAAUAAGGGGUCUAUUGAUUAAUGACGGUUUGUCCAACACAAAGUGUUCAAAAUAUGAUUAAUCAUAUUUGCAGUUUGUACUGGAAUGUGACUGGCAGGUUUGACCCACAGUGCAACUCGUUGCAUAUCCAUAACCACAUUCGGAGAAAACUGCACAUUACAUUUGCUUGCCUUUUUCGAAAAAAGUUGUAGAAUCAAAGUAUUAAUCUUUUUAGCAUAAGCGGUGGCUGCUUUUCAAAGUGGAGAAAUCUGGGGCAACAUUCAGUGUAUUUGUUUUUUAUAUAAAUUGUACUUUACUUUACAUAGCAGAUCCUCACUCAAACAGUGCAGCCAUUGUCUCAAUGUAUUCUUGUGGUAAUUCAAUCAAAUAGAGGCACAACGUCCUAAUUAAAGAGUUAUACAAUUAGUGAGUGUUGACACAAAUAUUCAUUGACCCUUCGGUUAGCUAUUCUAAACUUAUUUUGACUUACAAGCUUAUACAAGCUUUAUUUCCUUUCAUUGUUGAGCAAAUGCAUUUUGCACACAUUUGCUACAGUAAUUGAUCUUGCUGGGCGUGCCGCUCAGCUGAUCAUGCAGAAAAUGACUCAGCAACUCAAUUUCAUGGCAAAGGCACCACCCAGACCACAUGGUCCACACAGCUUUGUCUAACAAGGGAGAGAGAAAUACAAAGCUGAAGUUCAAUGCAAUGUCAAUACUUAUCAGCAUUUUGAUUGUAUGUAUUUAUAAACAAUAUGCGGUAAUAAAUAUUACUUG